CACAUUCAAACUGUUUAUAUUCUGUGGCGCAGGCGCUUGACAGUAAGUGGGUGAAAUGGGCGAAUAACUACUUUCUUGGACUUGCAGCCGGACUCGGUCGAAUUCUUCCGAGAUUAACUACGUCUUGCUCCUCGGUGCAUAGUGCCUUUGGUUGUCGAACAGUUCACCCUUCAUGCCAUACAUAUCAACCAACUUUGGUGGUGGUGGGACGAAGACAUAGUGUAAACAUAUGUUGUGGCACACCGACCACUACCACCAGCACCACACAGCUUUGGUUUAUGUGAUUCAUUGCACAAAACGGUCAAUCGAUACGCUUUACCUGGAUUGGCGUGCCAACAAGCGAGUUACACAUUGAGUGGCAUGGACACAGGACGUCGCUUUGUCACCAAUAGCACAAACACGCUUGUCUUGUCUACAUGUUUCUACAUACUAAAACAUCUACCAGGCAACUGAGAAGCGCUAUGACAUUCCUCGACUUAUUCCUAUUUGGGGUUGUGGUUUGUAUACCAGUCAUGACCUAUGGAGAUUUGGUCACAAGACAACCAAACACGUCAACUGUAAAAAUGGCAGGGAGACAGUCAGAGGUCAUAUAUCCCACAGACCACGUUUACUUCGGCAUCCUUCGCUCGUUCAAGAGCAUCAAAGACAAAUCAUCGUCUUUCGACCCACUGAACCAGACGUUGUUCCACCGAGACCGUCGGAAACCGAGAUUGUUUCCUGUUUGGAAUAGUUCAACGACAAGAUUUGUGAAAAGAGAAGAAAUCAUCAUCCCGAAAGGCGUGAUAUUUGAACCAGAAAAGGAUUUAUAUAUGCUUUAUCCCAAUAGUGCCUGGCUGGACCCGUGCAAAGCUCACGCAUAUUUUGGAGACAUCGCGCUAGACGAGGCCGAGUCGCAAGAAAUGAGGUUGAAACAUAUGGUCCUUUCUGAUCAGCCAACACAAAUCUGGGAUGUUUCGGAUUCAAAAGAUCACAGUAGGUCGAAGACUUAUGAUGAUCUGCAGAUUCCUCCUCUCCCUAUGAAAGAUAUGAGUGAAUUUUCCCCAGUCAGCCAACCAUCUUCCUAUGUACGGAGUCAACCAGAACCGGGAGGUUUUUCUGGAGGAACGGAUAUUCGCCUUAGUUACGAGGCAGAAGCUCGACACUUGAGGAGGGAACUACAUAAACUGAGGAUUAACUGGAUGCGUCGGAAUGGUGUUGUCGAUAACGAACUCCGGAAUCCACGUGUGUUCAGUACACAAUCAUUUUUACAUAAUGAUGUUGCACCAAGAAAGCUAAAUCCCAGGCGACUUCGGCGAUACCGACGCAUACUAUCAAGACUUCGUAUGCUACAGGAAAAUUUACACCUCAUGGAUAAAAGACAACGACUGGAACAAAGUAAACUCGAGACUUUGCAGUCCACAGAUAACGCAAAGCCAACAACCCCCAUUCGGCCAGUCGGAAGUACUCAAAAGCGUGGGCGCCGUGCAAAGCGCGCAGCUACAGCUUACGCAUCACGAACUUGGCCCAAUGGUGUGAUACCCUACAUAAUCCAGGCUAAUUUCACAAGUGAAACUAAAGCCACCAUAAUGAAGGCCAUGCGUCAUUGGGAGAAUUAUACCUGCCUGAGUUUCGUGGAACGUGAGCCACAUCACAAAUCCUACAUUAUAUUUACGGAAAAGGCAUGCGGCUGUUGCUCUUAUGUCGGGCGCCGUAGCGAAGAUGAACCUCAGGCGAUAUCAAUCGGGAAAAACUGCGAUAAGAAAGGAAUUGUGAUACACGAGCUGGGACAUGUCAUCGGAUUCUGGCACGAACAUACUCGUCCGGACAGGGACAAUCACGUGGACAUUUUGCUCGAAAACGUGGUGGAGGGACAAGAUUUCAAUUUCAAGAAAAUGGACCCUGGAGAGGUGAAUUCUUUGGGUGAACCGUAUGACUACAGCUCAAUUAUGCAUUAUGCCAAAGGGACAUUCGCCAAGGCGAACAAGGACGAAACUAUACGUCCAAAAGCCUGUUGUCCAAGGCCUCCGAUUGGGCAAAGAAUUCAACUCAGUCCAGGAGAUGUGAGACAGACAAACAAGUUGUACUCUUGUCCAGCCUGUGGACGAACGUUACUCGAACCAUCCGGAUCUUUCUCUUCUCCUCAAAUGGCCUGGAAGAUUGCUGGUGGACUCGGAUCUGUCAAUCUCUCAUAUUUAUCUAAUUCCGUUGGUGCCGAAGAGUCCUAUCACUCAGGAAAUGCACUGUCAGUUGCUCACUUACUACCGGAUGACAACAAUCAUAUACUUGGUCCAUAUCAGCCCAUGCCCUCGGGUCAAAUAGAUGGAAUGGUUGAUCACGGGUUAUCUGGUAUGGUGAACGAUCCCUCAGUGCACCAGCCACAACAAGAUUAUGUUCUCCGCGAUCCGUAUCAUUUUGGAGGAAACAAGUAUCCUCAUACAAAUGAAGUUAUCGGUACAAAAGCUAGUGAACAGUCCUCGUCAGCCCUUGGUUUCACAUCCGCCGGGCCAAUCUUAUGCCAAUGGCGAAUCAGUGCUGCUUCCGGUGAACGAAUCCGGUUGAACUUCACUCAUAUGGAUAUUUCUGGACCGAUUACACACAGUUCACAUCAAAUAUCCGAUUUGCACGACUUCCAAAGUUCUUAUGAACUGCGACACAAAACGCCCAAUCAGGUUUCAUGUAUUAAUGAUUAUUUGGAAAUCCGCGACGGUUAUUACUCGGGAUCCAGACUACUAGGUCGAUACUGUGGACACCAAAUUCCUUCUCCUGUCCUUUCUACCGGUUCGCGCUUGUGGCUGGAAUAUCGGCGUUCUGCUGGAAGCAUGAGUACAGGUUUCAUAGCCGACUACGAAGCUAUUUGCGGCGGUGAACUUCAAAUGGAGGAGGGUACACUUACCAGUCCAAAUUAUCCGGAAUUCUAUCGAUCCAGCAAAGAAUGCAUUUGGCAAAUCGUCGUUCCCGCCGGCUAUUCAGUGGCUUUGAGUUUCCACUCGUUUCAGCUGGAAAAGCACGAUACUUGUGUCUACGAUUACCUUGAAAUACGUGACGGCCCAACCGAAUCCUCUCCACUGCUGAAAAAACUGUGUGGUUCGCAGCUACCAAAUCCUAUUAAGUCAACCAAUAAUGUAAUGUUUGUGAAGUUUGUCUCUGACAGCUCGGUGGAAAAACAAGGCUUCACGGCCACAUUUCAGAAAGAAUUCGAUGAAUGCAAAACAAUGAAGCAUGGAUGCUCGCACACCUGCGUUAAUACCCUUGGUGGGUAUAGAUGCCAGUGUGAAAUCGGAUACGAACUGCAUCCCGACGACGCUUGUGGAGGCGUCAUCAAUGAAGCCAACGGUACAAUACAGACUCCAUCAUUUCCAGAUCUGUACCCGCCAAACAAAAACUGCAUUUGGAAAAUCCUAGCCCCUCCAAAGUCUACCAUUUUCUUAAAUUUCACCAGCUUCAACUUGGAGGGACGCAACCAAGCCUGUAAAUACGACUUCAUCAAUGUGUACAGUGGUCCAUCGGACAACCAACAGAAAAUUGGGAACUUUUGCGGUGACCAAAUCCCUGACCCCAUAACCUCUCACACAAAUGAGCUGAGUAUUGAAUUUUACUCAGAUACAUCGGUCCAGCGCACAGGGUUCCGAGCUGUCUUCUUCACUGAUCGAGAUGAGUGUGCUGACAACAACGGAGGCUGCCAGCACAUUUGCCGGAAUACUAUUGGAUCGUACCACUGCGCUUGUCGACCUGGAUAUCAACUUCACGGGAAAUAUCAGUGUAAAGAGAACGUUAAAACCGGAUGCCAACAGGAGAUAAGUUCUCCUGAUGGGGAGAUAAUCACCCCUAAUUGGCCAAACGAAUAUCCUGUGAAGCAGCAGUGCCAAUGGAAAAUCACCGUUACUCCGGGUCAUCGAGUCAAAAUCAUUUUUGCCGACUUCGAGCUUGAGUCGCAUCAGCAAUGCACGUAUGAUCGUGUAGUGGCUUACGAUGGUCUCUCCAAAACAGACAACGUUCUGGGCCAGUACUGUGGCAGUCGCAAACCGGGGCCAAUCAUAUCAUCACAGAACACGCUGCUGUUAACCUUUACUUCUGAUUCUUCGGUGCAAAGAAAGGGGUUCCGUGCACAACACACAACAGUUUGUGGUGGACAUUUAGUUGCUGAAGACAAUGCUCAGAAUUUGUACUCUCACGCUAAAUUCGGAGAUUUGGACUAUGAACCCAAUCAGCAGUGCUAUUGGUCUAUCAGCUCCAAACUGGAAAAUCAGACUGUCAUGCUGCGGUUUUUGUACUUUGAAGUAGAAGAGGAAAACUUAUGCACGUAUGAUUACUUGAGAAUCUUCGACGGCUUGGAUCCAAAAGGAAAGCUGUUGGGCGGAUACUGUGGAAGAAACCUUCCUAAUACGUUCGUCGCUCAGUCGGGACAUCUGUACUUACAAUUUGUGAGUGACGAUACCAUUGGAGACAAAGGUUUUCAAGCGCAGUAUCAAAUGGUGCCUUAUGGAUUCAGUCCACCAGACCCAGCUAAUAAAUUUGUUUCAAACACUCCCCUGAUCCAAUCCAAAUCUUCCGUUUAUUAUGGAAAAAAUGAAAUGCUUCAACAGUAUCCACCAGUCUACGGUAAUCAAUAUUUGUUCCCGCCUGCAUGGGGUACAGGGCGCAUACGGUACUUCUCCGAAGAGAUAAAACCAAAGCUAUCACAAAAUCUUCGUCAACAUACACAACCACAAACUUGGCAUUCGAAUUCGGUAACUUCAACGGCAAGCCAAACCUAUAGACAACACAAUGACAAAGGACAGGAUCGUGGCUACAAUGAAGUGCGAACAAGCCCUCAGAACCAUGGUCUGUGGAGGUUCAGUUACGCCUACUCUGAACCAAGCAUUCAUACCCCACCUGCAGAAACCAGAUCACAAGUACCUAACGUUAAUGGUCAAACCAUUCCAGAUCAAACUGCUAGGAGUCGGCUGGCGAGUAAUUCUCCCCCAAGACGAAUAAGAGAAAAUGAUUCUGGUCCGGACAGAAUUUCGUAUCCUGCUGGUAGUAGAUGGCACGUGAGUUCAGUUCAGCCUACUAGUCGACCGGAAUUCACGAUCAUGAAUAAAGUUGUUCGACCAGGCAAACCAAAAGCGUCCCCCGCCUGGCAACAAAAUCAUCUGCCUGCUACGGCAUUGAGAACGCGUUAUCCCGCAUCGAGACGCGCGCAACCAUUUAGAACUUAUCGCCAGAUACACAGUUUGCCGAGCAUGAGUUUCCAGGUUAGGAACACUAGGCAGGAAAGACAGCCUCGAAGGGCACACAAACAGUCGCCAAGUCCUUUCAGAACGCAGGAAUUACGACCUGUUUACCGAUAUACUGGUCCAGUCACUUACAACAGACCGCGACAGUAAUACUGUUGCGCCAUCACUGGUUGUCCAAUCAUGUAAACAAUGUUACUUGUUCUGUCUUUCGGAAACCUUCUCUCACCUACGGUUAGCAAGAUCAGCAGCUACGUUCGCGAAAAUCCCAUGUGUAACUGGGUAACGCCAUACUUACAAACUUAGUUAAACAACACUAUUGGUGAGCCGCGUCCUUCCGGUCGGACAUGGUUCAGGCAGAGGUCGAUGAAGUUACCGUGGGACCCAGAUUUCAUCGGACCGCUGAGGCUGUAUCUCACCCGUGCAUGUGGUUUCUCCGUUUUUCUUCUUUUUAAGCAUUCUCACAACAUUCGCCUGUUCAUUCGCGAAGUUGCGAACCGCCAUAUAUUGAACAAACCAGGCCCAAGAGAAAAGAUACGAAAAUGUCAUACGGCUGUCUUGCUUUCUUCAUUAAAUCUAGC